CUGCAGGGAGGUAGUGAUAAUACUGUCUGUUAAGUAUGAUCUAUGGAUGGAAUCGGAGGAGGCAGGAGAAGCGGGACUGGAUGGGGUACUGUAUAGGAUCGGAUCAGGCCAUACUGGCAUCGGGCAUGAGUGGAGUCAUGACCUAAAAGUAAUUGCAGUGGAGCCGGAGACCCACUCCGUUUACGGAAGGAUUAGGUUGACACUUAAUAUCGGAUGGGCUGAGAUACUCAUGAUUUACUCGUGAGACGGUCGCGUGGUGGUGGGAUUGUGUGUGGUAUAUUCAUGUUCGUGAUGUGUUUGGUAUACUAUAGGUACAUGACUCCAGCCUCAAAAGAGUAUACAUAGGUAG